UAAUUCCUUAAACUCCGCUUUUUUUUUGCCCUUUUCCUUCUCUUAGACGCUUCAACGUGUAUAGAUAGAUCUCUCUCGCCCAUCAACCUAACUAUUUCUCCUUUUUUCCCAUUUCUUUUCAAAAAUCGUCUUUCACUUGCGCUCAGAUCUGCAACCACCGACGCACUCUUCACUUCCUCUUUUCAACUACAUUCUCUACUAUGGCUACCAAAUUCUUAGUAUCCGCCAUUUUAGCCUUUCUGUGUAUACAAAUCGCUCUCUCUGCAACUCCACCGGAAUCACCCAGUCCGUCUUCUGACUUAGAGGCUGAUUCACCAUCACUAUCUCCUCCUUCUCCUUCACCAGAAUCUGGAUCUCCUUCAUUACCACCGACAGAUUCACCAAUAUCAUCACCGCCAGCGCCUCCACCUUCAGAUCUGUUAUCUCCUGGUUCCAGUCCUGCACCGGCUCUCUCACUUGAGAACUCUACAGUUCCUUCUCCGUCACCCGCACCCGCACCCGCACCCGCACCGGCGGAAGUGAGUGAUAUCAAUCACAGCGACAAUGUAGAAGCAGGCGGUGAAGAGGAGAAAGGAUCUUCUGGAAUGAGCGGCGGAAAGAAAGCCGGAAUCGCUGUUGGAGUGAUUGUGGCUGCCGGUGUGGUUGGAUUGGGUGGUUUGGUAUAUAAGAAGAGGCAGGACAACAUCAGAAGAUCUCGGUACGGUUCUGCGGCGGCGGCAACGAGAGAGUUUCUUUAAGAGGAGGACGAUAGAGGUUACAAAAAUUUAAAAUUUUAUUACUAUAAAUUGAUUUUUAGCUCUAUAUUUGAAAGGAUACACAAUUGAGUGAGAGGAUCUAGUAGUUUCUUUGAUUCAUUGUUCAUUAUUUGCAGAGUAUAAGCUUUUUUUUUUCCCUUCCUUUGUCAAUAAUGCGUAUUAGGUAGUUAAUUUUGAAGUUUGUUUUUACUAAUUUGCUUUACUUGAUAUGGUUAUUGUGAUAUAGAUCUCAGUUUCAGUUUUA